GCCUGCAUCUCUCACUGAAGAAUAUCCAUUCACAAGUUUUGUCACCAUGAAGGUAGCUUUGUUUUCACUGGUGGUUCUCUGCGUGGCUGGGAUGCUGCGUGCUGAAGUCCUGUCCCAGUCUGGCGAGAACAGUCUCACGGAAAAUGGACAGGGUUUGGGGAGAAGAUACGCAGAGUCAACCAUCGCCAGUGACAUGAGCAAAAUCAUGGACUCCAUGGUGCAGAAGAAUUUUGUCAACUUCCUGCUCAACCAGAGAGAGAAAAAGAGCAUGUCUAAUGUCACUCCAGAGGAAGAUCCAGAGGCUCGCCUGUACAACAAUCUCCUGAAAAAGCUUGCACUGUGCAUACGCAGCAAGGGACAGAUCCAUUGAUGUUUUGAAGAAUAUCAACAAAUGAUCGACAUUGGUGGGAGAGUAAUGCAAAGAGAAGUCAACAAAAACAUUAUGACAAUUUGGAGGAAAAUGUAUGCUAUCUAUUUUUGUGUACACAAUAUAUAUUGUAAAGUUAGAAAUAUGAAUCCAGCAUGUCUGAACUUUUUCAUAAAUAAUUGCUAAGGGG